AUGGCUCCAUUGUUUACACCGCAAGAGAAGCAGAUCUCAGUAGCAUUUGUAUGUUUAGGUAACAUUUGUCGUUCACCAAUGGCAGAAGCCAUAUUUAAACACAAGGUGCAACAAUUAGGAUACGCCGACUACUUCAACCGAAUUGACUCCUACGGCACCGCCUCCUAUCAUGUUGGCGAAUCACCCGACCGCAGAUCAGCAGCUACAUGUCGCAAACACGGCGUACCCGUGAACCACCGCGCCCAGCAGAUCCGUCCUAAUGACUUCCGCAGUUUCGACUACGUCAUCGCCAUGGAUCAGUCGGUAUUGGAUGAUUUACGCUACAUGAAACCACGAGACUCCAAGGCCGUCGUGGAGUUGUUUGGACACUGGAAUGACGAAACGGGGAGGAAGAUCAUGGAGUUGAGUGACAUAGUGGAGGACCCGUACUACGGUGGUAUCCACGGGUUUGAACACAACUACAACCAGAUCUGCUACUUUCUGGACCAGUUCUUGAACCAGGAGGUUGGUAGUUUAGACUAG